AUGGACAUUGAGCAAAAGCAAGCGGAGCACAUAGAUUACUUAGUGAAGCAGGCGUCGAAUCUCAAGGGUUCCGCCCUCAGAAACGUCAUUGUUGAGGCCACUUCCCACCCAUCUCUUUUUGCUUUCGCUGAGAUUCUCUCUGUUCCUAACGUCCUUGAGCUCGAAGGAACUGAGAAUGCGGUCUUUCUUGAUUUGCUUCGUAUGUUUGCACAUGGUACAUGGAGUGAAUAUAAGAGCGUUGCAUGUCAUCUUCCACCUUUGGUUCCUGAUCAAGUCCUCAAGCUGAAGCAACUGAGUGUGCUUACCCUGGCUGAGACAAAUAAGGUAUUGCCCUACGAUGUAUUGAUAAAGGAGUUGGAUGUUACAAAUGUUCGUGAGUUAGAAGAUUUUCUCAUCAAUGACUGCAUGUAUGUGGGGAUAGUCAGAGGGAAGCUCGAUCAGUUGCGGAGAUGUUUUGAGGUGCAAUUUGCGGCAGGGAGGGAUCUAAGGCCAGGGCAAUUGGGAAGUAUGAUACAGACAAUGGCUAACUGGUUGUCUACGUCAGACAAUCUACUCGUCUCAAUUCAAGAGAAGAUCAAAUGGGCAGAUAAUAUGAGUGAAAUGGACAAGAAGCACCGAAAAGAAGUAGAAGAAAGGGCGGAAGAAGUGAAGAAGACACUAUCCUUCAAGGCCGACAACGAGUUCCGAGGGCAUGAGGAGAUCUUUUCUGAACACGGCGGAGUGAUGGACUACGAGGAAGAUCGAAGCCGGCCAAAGAGGAGACGACACCCCUUAGGUUGA